UUUCAUUUAAACUCAAAUCGGUCUUAUUUCAUUGCAUUCAAUAUUUUCCUCUAUAUCUUUUUUCUUCCUUUUCUUGCGUUUCAUUUCAUGGUCCUGCUGCCUUGCGUGCACUGAUGUGUUCAUUUCAAGAAACGUGUCCAACCUUUCUUCCGCUUUAAUGGGAAGAAAGAAGCUAGAGAAUCGAUGCAGAGGAAAUUCUUGGCCUGAAUCGAAGUGGAAAGAACCGGGGAGACCCCGUGCCUUACUCUAGAGAAAGCACAAGGACGACCGGAUCAUUGUCUCUUAUCCUUUCCUCCUUUGCUACGGCAAAUAAGAAUAAUUAGCAUAAAAUCGUCUAUCGGACUAGAAUGGAGUCUUGAGUAUUUUUCGAGGAAUCCGUUGAAUGGCAUCCGCCGUCUUCAAUAGAGAAAUAAUUUAGAAAGGGAGGAGAAGAAUCUCGUCUGUCGCAACGUCUGAAAGGAAUUCCGCGAGUGUUUUAUCCCCGAUCACAAGACAAAAAAAAUGUCAGAAUUGAUGGAAAGCAGUACGAGUUCCUCUACGGGCUCUUCAGGCCACGACGACAUCACCACUGUCCUGACGGGUCAGAGCCCAUUGCAAAAGGCGGCGGCCCUGGGUCAAGUGGAGGUCAUCAAACUCCUUCUCCAGCAAUCCUCUCCACUCAACCAACAGGACGAACUCGGGAACACGGCACUCCAUGAGGCGGCGUGGAAGGGAUACAGCCAGUCCGUGUCGGUACUAGCGUCCGGAUCCAGGAAAGAUCCGGUGAACCUAAGCAUCCGGAACGCUUCCGGAUUCACACCUUUACAUCUGGCUGCUCAAAAGGGUCAUAAUCAAACCACAAGAGUCCUCCUCCUCGCCGGUGCCAACCCUGACGUCCCUAACACCUACGGGGACACUGCGCUUCAUACGAGCUGCCGAUAUGGGCACGCUGGGGUCACCCGGAUCCUCAUCAGCGCUCGCUGCAACGUCAAUGCACAAAAUAAGAAUGGGGACACACCAUUGCACAUCUCAGCGGCGAUGGGGAGGAGGAAGUUGUCGAGAUUCCUACUCCAGGCUGGAGCCGAUCGCUCCAAGUCCAACCAGCAAGGGGAAACGGCUCUGGAUAUCGCUGUGAGGAAGGAACUUCGUGAUAUCGCCGAUCUCCUCACCUGCCCCCCUCCGACUCAUCCUCAUCGACGGGCACACAAGGGGGGAGCAGGAGCAGGUGCGGGAGAACCGCGGAAGGAGAGGGAGGAAAAGGAGGAGGACAAGGAGAAGGGGAAGGAGAGAGGCAAGAAAGGAACAGAAUGGAGAGUGCCCAAGUGGAGUCCAUAUGGGUGCCACUAUGCACCCGACCCAGGGGAUUUCCCUUCCCCUGCCCUAGACUCCCUCCCCAAGGAACCCCUUCAGAAAGGAGAACUCUACUACGUUGACCUCGCCGGUAACAUCAAAAAGGGUCCAGUGGGAAUCGGGACAGCAUGUUACUGUGGACCGUUGUUCCGAGGGAUGGAGGCACGGAUGGAGGAGAAUAGAGGGGAGGUGCUCCACUCCAUACAGCAGACAGAGACCCGCCUCCACCAGCGUAUCUACGCCCUCCAACAGCACACCAACAGCCAACUUGCCACCAUCCACCAACGACUCAGUCAGUGGGAAAAGAGACAUGGAAGUGGUAGCAGGAGGAAAUCAGAGGAGCAGUUGUCUGAAUAUGACUACUGCUCUCCUGAACGACUCACACUGGACACUUCAGGCUCCAAGAACCUCAAAGUCCUUGACCACAAACCCAAGGACCAAAGUGAAGCCAAGGACACCAGUGAAAGUGAAGAUGAUGAUGAAGCAGAUGACACAGGGAAGGAGGAGUCUCCUGAGGGAGAGACCAUCUAUAUGGCCAUGAAGCCUUCUGCUGUGUUGCCUGCUGCUAUUGUUGGUCGUCGCCCAGUAGAUGAUGAGCUGAGCCGACUAACAUCUUACCUAAGCCACAUGAGGACAAAUGUGAGAACCUUGCGGGAACACUUUGAGCACCAUCAGGAGAUCCAGAGGCAGUUGCCAAAUGUGGGCAAAACACUUCCACCCCAGCAGCCUCCCCUCCUCCCACCACGUGCCUACCUCUAUGGUCAUGGAAGUCACUGGGAGGAGCACAAUGACUCUGGUUAUAUGACACGAUAUGGUGGAAGCCCAGUUCUACCACAACCAGGAUCCCCUGAGGUUGGAGACCAGGAUUCAAAUUACCACAGUUCAGAAGAGAACAAGGAGAAGGAAAAGGAGGAGGGAAGGAACAUAGACAAGUGCCAUAGGAACAGGAAUGGGGUGAUGUCAAAGCCCCCUCCCCCACAGUACAAUCCUCCUCCACCCCCUCCACCCUGCCCUAAAUCCAGUCUUGGAUUCACUCUCUUCCUUACACAGGUAAGACAGCAAUGGCUGAUCUACAUCAGUGGUUUUCAAUACGUGGUCUGCGUACCACCGAGUACACAGACAUUCUAUGGGAGUGAUGAGGAAUUGGUCAAGUUCCUCAAGGAGGAAAUUUCUGCUGAGAAGAAAACACAAAAGGCAGCAUCUCUACCUACAAGUGUGGGAUCUUUCAAAGUCUCCACUGAUGGUGCCUCAGUCAAAUUGACAAAAGACUUUCAAGGCGAAACGAUUCGCAUUGACUGCAAUGUAAAUCACUCAGUCAAUGCUGCCAUACCCGAGGAUGUGAACCCACCCCCUGAGAAAGAGGAGGAGGGUGAAAUGCAGUCCAAGCCAAACUUUGACGUAGAAAUCACAAAGGGGAACCUUACUCUUGGCUUCUCCUGUGCAUACGUCUCUGAUGAUCUACCUGGAGAUAAUCCAGAACAAGAGGAAUUUUGUGGGUUUCAAGUUGUGAUUGAAAUUUUGACUGAUGUUUCAGCGGACAAGUUCACGAUCGACGAGGUGUACUCCUUUGAGGGAGAGUUUAAAGAUGAGACGUAUGCUGUUUCUGGUGACAUUCUUGAUGGGUAUUUGUAUGAUCUCCUGAUGAACCUCCUGGAAGAACGAGGAAUCUCUAACGAAUUUGUUGAUCAACUACAAGAGUAUUGUACAUUGUAUGAGCAGUCUCUAUACAUCAAGAUGCUGGAACAAGUGCAGAAGCCUUUAGACAUGAACAGCGUGGGGAAGGAGUGCACCAAGUUGAAGCACGAGUACGAAGCCUGCUUCAAUACGUGGUUCUCUGAGAAAUUCCUCAAAGGUGACUCUGAUGACCAGACCUGUGCCCCACUCUUCCAACUCUACCAGCAGUGUGUCCAGGUGGGUCACAGUGGUGGGGCAUUGGAUGCUUGGGAGAUCCUGAUUAAGGCAAUCAAAGAGCACAAGAUCAACCUGGGGGAGAUUAAGCGGAAUGUCCUAGAUACUGAGGAAGAAAAGCGGUCUCCUGAUAAGGGCUGAUUGUAGAUGCCUUAGUAUGUGAUAGGUGGUGUGCCAUUUUUUUGUGUGGUCAUAUUUGAUGUUAUGCAUUCAUGUGAUAACCAAACCCAAUCUCUUCAUUUUUUAUUGCAGACUACCAAAAAAAAAGGAAUCC